AUACAAAGCAAUUGCCCAUUCAUAAUCACAGAUCCAUAACUUUGCUGUUUCUGAUUCUUCAAACGUUCUUCUCAAGAUGCAGAUAUUUGUAAAAACCUUGACCGGUAAGACCAUAACCCUUGAGGUGGAGAGUUCAGAUACCAUUGACAACGUGAAAGCUAAGAUCCAAGACAAGGAAGGGAUCCCACCUGAUCAACAAAGGCUUAUCUUUGCUGGUAAACAACUUGAGGAUGGUCGCACCCUUGCUGAUUAUAACAUCCAAAAGGAGUCCACUCUACACCUUGUGCUUCGCCUCAGGGGUGGCAUGCAAAUCUUUGUUAAGACAUUGACAGGGAAAACAAUCACUCUCGAGGUUGAAUCGUCUGAUACCAUUGAUAAUGUUAAGGCCAAGAUACAGGACAAGGAGGGUAUCCCUCCAGAUCAGCAGAGGCUGAUCUUUGCUGGGAAGCAACUUGAGGAUGGAAGGACCCUAGCUGAUUACAAUAUUCAGAAGGAAUCGACCCUUCACUUGGUGCUUCGUCUGAGAGGUGGCAUGCAAAUUUUUGUGAAGACUUUGACUGGAAAGACCAUAACUUUGGAAGUGGAAUCAUCAGAUACCAUCGAUAAUGUGAAAGCCAAGAUUCAGGACAAGGAAGGAAUUCCCCCGGAUCAGCAAAGGCUUAUAUUUGCCGGGAAGCAGCUUGAAGAUGGAAGAACCCUCGCUGAUUAUAACAUUCAAAAGGAAUCCACUCUGCAUUUGGUUCUGCGUCUUCGUGGGGGCAUGCAGAUUUUUGUUAAGACUUUGACUGGGAAGACCAUAACUUUGGAGGUUGAAAGUUCUGAUACAAUUGAUAAUGUGAAGGCGAAAAUUCAAGACAAAGAGGGCAUCCCACCGGAUCAGCAGAGGCUUAUCUUUGCUGGAAAGCAGCUGGAAGAUGGGCGUACCCUUGCUGAUUAUAACAUCCAGAAGGAAUCCACUUUGCAUUUGGUUUUGCGGCUUCGAGGUGGCAUGCAAAUAUUCGUGAAGACACUGACAGGGAAGACUAUCACUUUGGAGGUGGAAAGCUCUGAUACAAUUGAUAAUGUGAAAGCAAAGAUUCAGGAUAAGGAGGGUAUUCCCCCAGACCAGCAGCGACUUAUUUUUGCUGGCAAGCAAUUGGAAGAGGGUCGUACUUUGGCAGAUUACAAUAUUCAGAAGGAAUCGACCCUCCAUCUUGUUCUUCGCCUUCGUGGUGGCUUCUAAGCUUGUCUCUUUAUGCCUGUCAUGUGUCUAUGGUUCUUGUGUUGGUUAAUCCUUACCUAGUCUUUAGCUACUGGUUGCUACCCAUGUUCAGUAGUAAUUGUUAUGGUUUAAAAUUUGGUGCAAGAACCAGCUCUUAAUAUUUGUGAAAAAUGUGUUGUGAACCCUGUACUCAGUAACAUUUGAUUGUCUGCGCUUUUGUGCCGUGUUAUAUGUUUCUUCGUUUACAGCUUUGCAAAUUUAACUUACAUUGCAAUACUUGAUCUAUUUUGAAGAGAAAGGCUACUGCUAUUGUGGCUAGCUUAGCAUGUUUACUUACCACCAAAACGUUGUUGUUAGGUACAUAUUUAUAGUGAUAAUUUUUUUAGUUAUAAAGGGUUCAUACAUAUACUGCGGAAAUCUUGUGUAGUAUCAGUUUCCAAUCAAUACAUAACAGAUCGACACACAACAGAAAGGACAAGAAGAAGAUGUGAACAAACUUCUAUGAAAGAAAAUGAUGUCUAAUUUGGUCAAAUAUAUCACACAAUUAUGUAAGGAGGAUGAGAAUGGCGGUAACAAAGCCUAAACAUAUUGAAAAACAUAUUUACCGUAUUUUCUUUCGUGACAUUAUAGAGAUCCUCAUAGCCCCACAUCAUGCUCCACUUUCUUGGCUCCUUUGGUAAUUUUCCUCGGACAAUGCUCCUUCCCAACUCUCUUAACAAGUCAUGCACUAAAAUCCACCCAUACAAAUUGUUAAUAAGUGAUUUGCCAAUCAUAACCCAUAACAAUUUCAGGAAAAAAAUCCAUCAUGAUCUAACAAUUUCGUUGCUUUCUCCCCAAUGUAGCUAGAAAAGAAACAAGCAAUAUCUAUAAAUAUUUAUUUUUCCAUUUCCUCUAGUCCAU